AUGGAAGCUUCUUUAAAUGGGUUGUGGAGCACUGUCAAACACAAUGCGACCAAGGAAGCGAUUGCACAAGCGAAAGAAGUGCAUAAACGCUUCAAGGAGAAAAAUGAUGUUCCACUAGUUCAUCUUCGAGAAAAAUGCCUAGCUGCUUUCGAGUUAGCUUUUGAUAACGGUAGCGAAAAACAUUAUCACUAUGCGAUCGAUGGAGUUCAGGUCCUUCUUCGCGAUCAAACCUAUCAUGAUCAAAAUAUUGAGGAUCCCAAAAAUAAUCUUCCCGUUCAAGUUUUGCACGCAAUGACAGGAAUUGAUGAAUGGAAAGGACAGUUACAAUGCAAAUGUGUUACGCUUCUGGUUGAGAUGAUUUGUAGUAAUGAGCUGAAGAUAGCAUUGAGCGAUGUCGAAGAAUGUGUUCAGAUUUAUAAACGCUUGUAUGGAAAAAGUGAAGAAGAGCGAGUUCGCGUAGCCUGUCGUGCCGCCACCACCCAAUCUUUGACCGCGUAUUUCUCAAAUCGGUAUUCUCUAUGUGAAGGGAAUCAAGACUCGAUCGCUGUAUAUUUGGAUGUGUGCAAACUGCUCGAAGAACUUUGCGCAGAAGUCGAGCAAAUGAGCAGCUCGCAUGAGCAAUGCCUCAUUGCUCUCGAUUGUAUUUGUGCUUUGCUGACCACAUCUAACCUCAAAAUUCUUUCUCAUCAACCAUUUGUUAAUCUUUUAUGGGAGAAGAUAUGCCCACUCAUUAUUCUUCUUCUCGGUAUCCCUGAAAAAGGUGGCCCAGGAGUAGCCGCAAAGGUGGAAUCCACUGAAGAACCUGUCGGAGAAGGUCAAAUUGAUUUUGCAUUAGCUCCAGCAAUUCUGACGAAUCCGCAUACUUGGAGAGCUCUCUAUCAAAUUGUCGAUCAGCUAAUCCGUCUUAUGAUUAAUGAACCAUCACUCAACUCAUCUCUCGAAGCCUUAUUUCAUAAGGCAUUUUUAUUUCCACGAUUAGAUCAACGUUCCGAAGCGCUUAAAUUGAUAAAAAAGAUUGUUGGUGAUGGUUCGAAACUGAGCAAAAUCGCUCGAAGCUGCAUUGCCAACAAAUCGCUAUCGUUGUGGCGAAUGUUGAUCACGUGCAUUGCCGAAUGUGCAAAUCCUCAAUUAGAGUUAAGUAUUGACUCAAUUCGAACUGUCGUUAGUAUGCUUGACGGAAUGAAGCAGCUAUGUUCGCACAAGUUCUUUACAAAAGAGGAAAGAGAGUUGAUCAAUGAAGUUUUACCCACAGUAGAGUCUACUAUUGUGAAUAGUUUUACCAUUAAUCAAGGGAAGACUGAGCGAAAUUCUGAGUCCGUAGAUACUACUGAAGACGUUUUUGAAGAAAACGACGAAAUUAGUGAGAAACUAAGACGUCUUGAACAGAAAUUCGGAAGUGCCUCUGUUGGUUCUGCAUCGAAUAGGAGAUCGAGUGAAUACGAUGAAAGCAGCGAAAAAUCGACUGCGAAACGUUUUGUGCAAAGCUUUGCGGAAAACAUUGAAAAUAUUUCUAAUCUUAAAAGCACCUUAGCUAUUGAUGAAGCUAUUUUGCAAUUUUCGUCUGAUUUUUAUACAAAAUUCUGUUCCGUUCAUGCAGAUGCUUACAAAAGCCGAUCAAAGAUUCAACAGGAAUUCUUGAAUACCGACGCAAUCUAUUUGACGACCUAUGCCACUUUGUGUUUUUCUGCCCAUAGGGAUACAUUUACUUUGAACGAAAUGAAGCGAAUUGUUCUAACCGCAAAUUGUGUUAUUCACGUAUCCCAUGGAUGGCUGGAAAAGGUGUUUGAGAGCCUUCAAACCACAGAUUUCAAGCAAUAUUUGACACCAGUUGUUCGCGAUGUCAUAAACGAUUUUGAUGGGUUCGAAAAACGAUUGCUUUCUGAUGUCGAGAAGCUGAAACGAAUUCAGAAUCGAAGUCAAGACAUUUUUGAAGUAAUUGAAGAGAAAAAUGUGGCAAGAUGGAUGACCAGUUCUGCUUGGCAACUUAUCAUCGACGUUCUUUCCACUUUCCUACCGUGCAAAGGAAAGGGAAAAGUUCGCGAGAAAAUUCGAGAAGCCAUAUCUUUGACUAUCUGCGGAAUGCGAAAUUUGGCAUCAGUUGCGCAAUUAUUGGGUCUCGAAGAAAGAUGUGGCUGGAUAUUCGAGCAACUCGUCGAGACCUCUUGCUGUUUGGAAGACCUUCGAAACGAUGCGACUGCGCCGGAUAAUGAGCAAAAAUCGACGUGCACUUCGAGUGAACAUCUACUAGCGAUGCAGCUAGUCCUCGAUGAAGCUAGAAUGGCUAUUCACUCUCCCGCGUGUUGGAAACAUGUCAUCAGAUGUACCGAAUAUGUAUGGGAACUCGAGAAAUAUGUCUAUGGUGCACUGUGCUAUGAGAAGCCUUCGAGGCUAAAAUUUUUGAGGCGAAAAACCGAAGAGAAAGAAGAUGAGAAGGACCACGAAAAAACAAACGCGGCUGAUAGUUCGAUUGAAAAUGCUCUUGGAGAUGAGCCAACAUUAUCAAUUCAUUCUCUAAACCGAGCAAUUUGUGUGCUCAUUGCGAAAGUUGACAGAUUCUACUCGCAUGUAUGCCGCGAACUUUGUCUUCCAGCUCUAUUCGAUCUGUGUGUCGCAAUUAUUUCUUCCAGUGAAAACAGAAUUUUCUAUUCGUCUCAAAAGAGUACACAAUUAACAGCACCUGUUCUUCUCUUAACCAGGAUUUCUGAUAUCAUUUCCACUUUGUCGCAUCGACCACUCAUUCAUCAAAUGUUCAUUUGGCCGCUGGUUUCAUCUCACUUUGUUAAAGUUUGUCAAUGCGAACAAGAGUCUCGAAUUGCCGCAUCAGCGCUGUCCGAAGUCGCUGUUCGCCUGCUUGUCAAUGAAUCGGCCGGAUUGUGCUUCAAUCAAACGCUAAUUGUUCCAUUCCAAACUGCUUCAUGUAGUGAUGCAUGUUCGGAUGAAACGAAAGAACAGCUCUUAUGCGCUCUCAGUUCGCUUGUAUUAUCACAAGCGGACAAAAUUGGAUCAGGAUGGAAACCAUUGUUCGGUUCAUUGAAAGCUGUUAGUGCAUGUAAUGUCGAGAAAGUUCAUUGGUGCGCCAUCGACGUGAUCUCUUCGUAUUUGAGAAUUGAUACUCCAACUGUAUUAUCAUCGAGCAUCCUCGAAUGUGUUCCAUGUGUUGUAAAUCUGCUUCAAUAUUCCGGAGACGAGGUUUCUUCUGCUUCAAUCCGACUACUUCCAUCCAUCUAUUCGCUGAUCCUGUAUCUGUACAAAACUCCGCACAGUCCCAGCUAUCACAUUCUUCAUCGAAGCGACUUAAGAUCAAAAUGUCUCGAUUGUGUUGAACUUGAUGAAAAAGUUCCCGCGACUGUUUCAAUUUCUCACGGACCUCUUCCAUGGAUAAACAAGCAGACUCAUGAGAUUGCAUCAGUUGAACUUUUCCUCUCAUUUAUGGAACAAAUUUGCGGAAGCUUGCUCACAUCGAACAGCAUCACCCAGAAGAAUUUAUUAGAUAUGAUUGGAAGAUUGCUCAUCGAUAUAUCAAAUACAUGUCUUGGCCCAGAAAGUGGGGGAGCUUGUAUGUCGAUUGUAAUUUUACCAUAUGUCCAUAAAUGGAUUCGAAGAAUCGAUGUACAAGAGACAAAGAUUUUGAAGCAAGUGAUUGGCGCCUGCACUCAAACAGUUAUUGAUAUGAUUAAUCUUGAACAAAUGGAAUCGUGGCGUGAUCGAUUAUUGCGAGAUAUUUGUGCGCUCAUUGUCGAAUGCAUUCUUUUCGAUAAAACGUGUGCCGUCGCACCGGCAUAUUUCUCAUUGAUCGCUUCGAAUUCGCAUAAUCUCACCAAUCAGCAAUGGUCGAUAUUUGUGUCAUUUCUUUCGGCAGCCUCAGAAUUAUCACUUCGACAUGUCAAACUGAUCAAUUCAUUCUAUGUAAGAGGAUCGACCGAUGAAAACGGAGAUAUUGGAAGUGUAACCGCGUAUCAUCCGACUAAACUUCAAUUUCAGCAGUUCGUUGCAGCAGUUCAGGUAUUUUCAUCAAAACGCGGUCGGGCUGUCGAAGAAUCUGAAUAUGACUCGGGAACCGCUUUGCUCAUGUUAUCGCAUGGCCAAGAAACCCAUAGAAUAGAAAUGCCUUCUGUAAUUGGCUGUCUUCUGACUCAUUGUUUUCUUCUCCAACUCAUUGCUUCUCUUUUGAUUAGUGAUGACGAAAUGAUUUCGCCAAAACUCCGUUCUUCAUUGAUUGGAUCUUCAACGUCGAUCUCCGCUUCAUUCGAUGAUUCGAUUUACUCGGCGCUUUAUUCGAUUCUUGAGAAUUCUUCUGAAACGGCUAUUGACUUCGAUUUAAGACCAGCAGCGGGAAGUCUUCUUUCGAAAAUGGUUGGAAUUGAUAAUGCGAAUUUGCUCAAAAUUAUCGUUUCGUCGAAUUUGAUCAAAUCGCAAAGUUUAUUGCGGAGAUACCGAGAGAAUCGCAAAUCGGAAUUUCUCGAUGAAAUGAUCAAGGACAUUCAGAAAAACAGCACAUUUUUGAAAGACAUUGAAUUUGAAGUGUGCACGAGGAGAGCUGCGUUGCCAUAUCGGGAGCAUGCAAUUUCGUCGUUCCAUUUGAUCCCUGUCGAAGACGAAGAGAAUGCGUAUAAGCUUGUUUCGCAAGAAUACGUCGAUCAGACCAUGUCGGAAUAUGAGAAACAUCGCGAACGUCUCAAACCUGUUGAUCGGCGCAAUCCGUUUCAGCACAAUUUCGAAGACAUUGACAGCAAAAACGGAAUCCAAUGCGAUAAAGAGGAAGAUUUUGAUGAGAUUCGAUUAGCCGCUUACCGUGAUAUCUGUACAAUUCCUUUGAGAUCCGUAUGUGAUCAGUUUGACAAAUCUAUCGCCCAACAUGUCAUACCUGCAGUUAGCUCUGUAAUUGUAGCAUCUCCUGACUUAUCAGUUAGAAAUUUAGCUGUAGACUAUCUAGCCAAACUCAACUCUUAA